AUGGUGGCGACAUGGCUUACCCCCGGUAAGGGCACGAAACGUCCUGCUCUGCUGCACUGGCGAGCACAUCCAAAUUACAUUCUGUUUGUGGUCGUGUUUGCGGUUUUUACGGAUAUGUUUUUGUACGGAAUGAUCGUUCCCGUGGCACCUACAGCUCUUCAGGAUAGAGUUGGACUUGAUGCGGAUCAACAACAAGAGUGGACGUCAAUUCUGCUCGCGCUCUACGGAGCGUCUCUCUUCGCUGUUUCUCCAUUAACCGGCUACCUAGCCGACCGAAUCCAAUCGCGCCAAUGGCCCCUGCUGUUCGGCCUCGUCGCCUUGGCUAUCUCUACGGCCUUGCUCUGCAUAGGCACGAAUCUCGCUCUCUGGAUCACCGGGCGUAUCCUUCAGGGUGCCUCUACAGCAGUCGUCUGGACAGCAGGUCUAGCAUUGCUCGCUGAUACCAUGGACUCGCAAACCCUGGGAAGAGCAAUGGGGUAUGUAGGCAUGGCGAUGACGCUGGGGCUCAUGUGUGGCCCAUUGAUUGGAGGCGUGCUUUAUCAGAACGGGGGUUAUUACAGUGUGUAUGGGUUAGCAUUUGGGUUGAUCGGGAUUGAUAUCCUGGCGCGGGUCGUCAUGAUUGAGAGGAAGGAUGCGAUUCCUUGGUUCAAGACUGAAGAAGCGGCGUUAUCAGAGGACCAAGACCAAAGCCAGGGCCUUGAGCGUUCUUCAUCCGAGAAACCACCAAACGACGGCACGGCACCCAGACCAAUCGUACCAACCCCCGAACCAGAGCCCGCAGCAACAGAAACAACAGCAGCAACCCCAUCAACCCGCCGCUUCGGCCGCCUGCGCAUACUCCUCAACUCCUCACGCCUAAUGGUCGCUAUCUGGACAUACACAAUGGUCUCAUUGACAGUAACAUCCUUCGACAGCGUGCUUCCCCUCUUCGUCGAAUCAACAUUCAACUGGAAACAAACCGCACAGGGCCUAAUCUUCAUCGCCAUCUCAGUACCCUGCUCGGUAGACCCCAUUGUCGGCUGGGCCGUUGACAAAUGGCCGUGGUCGAGUCGGUUUUUCUGCUCUGGGGCGUUAUUCGCGUCAGUGCCGGUGUUGGUUUGUAUGCGGUUUGUCGAUGAGAAUGCCAUUGGGGAUAAGGUGUUGUUGUGUGCAUUGUUGGCACUGGCGGGACUUUGUGUGGCGUGCCUUAUGCCGCCGGUUAUGGUUGAGGUUUCAUGUGUUGUGAAUGAGAAGGAGGCUGCUGUGCCGAAUGCUUUUGGGGAAGGGGGUGCAAUGGCGUUGGCGUAUGGGGUUUUGAACUCUGCGUGGGCGGCGGGAAGUAUUAUUGGGCCUUUCUUCGCGGGGUUUAUUCGUGAUGAUGCUGGUUGGGGGACGAUGACUUGGGCGUUGUCGAUUCUUAUGGGUGUAACUGGGAUCCCGGCAUUGUUGUUUUUGGGUGGGUUUAUUGGGAAGAAGAGGGUUAAGAAAGCUUAUAGUGAGGAGCAGGAACAAGAGCAGGGACAAGAGCAGCAGCAGGAUAAGGAGCAGGCAUAG